AUGGUUACUGGGUCAUUUGCCUCGAAUUUAGGACUUAAUGUAAUAAGGCCUAUAUGGCAGAUUCCCCUAGAAAUCCCGGCGGGCUCUCUUCUCUUUUUGGACGUGAUUCAAAGACUUCGCUCACUUUCCAUUCCAAACACAUCUUCCGCUUCAGACGACGCUUGCCGCUUGACUCGUUCUUUCCGACAAGCAGCAAGAUUAUUCUUUCUAUCCAUCACUGAUCGCGGUGCAGCUUCAAUAACAAUCGUACCGUGUAUCUGCUUGUACAAUGUUCCUUCACCCCUGAAUCUAAUUCGUAACUCUUGCACCAAAAAACCGUAUUACUGGCACCUUCUACCAUCGUCGUAUGGAUUUCGUCUAACGGUGACAAAUGCUUACACAGGACCGG